CAGAUCAGAACAGGAUCAGACAAUAGGCCCCUAAAGUGUCCCCCCUAAAGUUGCUUUGAUGUUGUCCUAGUGUCUUCAACACUAAGGGCCAAGGGAUUGCAAGCCAAGUCGCCUUUUCUUGUGGCCAUUGACUGAUCAUUGCCCUUCUCCACUUCCACCAAUGCGUCUCAAGCAGCAGCCCUUGUGGUGAGGAGAGAAGGAAUCAUAGACGACCCUAGUGGAAUAUCGAUGUCAGGAUAUAAUUAACGAUGGCCAUGUUUUGGGAUUGUUAAGAGUUUUGCGGAGCUGUGGGUGGUAAUUGCGCUUCCGUUGCAAGGGUCCUCGCUGAUUUCCAGGAUGAGUAGCGCUGUCUCGUGACCCCAGGGGCCCUGUGUGCCCUGGCAAUGCACGGCGUUCCCUCCGCAGCGACAGCCACAUGUCCGAAGAAUGCUGGAAUUGCAGGAGGGGAGAACCCACUUCAACAAGAGAGAGCGAAACAAAAAGGAAAAGGACGAGCAAAAGGACAACACUGACAAAAGCACUUCACAAAAAGCUCCGCUGAAAUCCCCCAGCCCCCCGAAGAACCUGGCGAGCCCCACCGCGUCUGUGACCGUCAGCUCGGGAUCUCUGUCAAUGCAUUCCAGUAACCCCAAAGUGCGCAACUCUCCGUCAGGAAACACACAGAGCAGCCCAAAAUCAAAGCCAGAGGUUAUGGUACACCCUCCCUCCGUGAUGUCUCCGUCUGGCAACCCCCAGCUGGAUGCCAAGUUCUCCAGCCAGGGGAAACAGGGAGGAUCCACAAGCCAGUCACAGGCAUCUCCUUGUGACCCCAAAAGUGGCAACCACACCCCCAAACCGCUGCAAGGUCCCGGGGGCAGUAUGGGACUUAAGAACGGGGCCGGCAAUGGAGCCAAAGGGAAAGGCAAAAGGGAAAGAAGUAUUUCUGCUGAAUCGUUCGACCAGAGAGACCCCGGAACCCCCACUACAGACUCUGAAAUUAAAGACUGCAACACUACAGACCCAGCGAUGCCCUUGGAAUCCCACGCGCCCCACACCAUGACCCCUUCCAAUACCUCCGUCCCCAGGUCUUCCACUCCUUCCCAUGGGUCGACGAUGCUGGACUCUGCACCUGGGAGGAAAACGCCAUCAAAAGUGGUCUACGUCUUUUCUACUGAAAUGGCCAACAAAGCUGCAGAAGCCGUUAUGAAGGGACAAGCGGAAUCCAUUGUCCUCUUCCACAUACAGAGCACCUCAAACAGCAAAGCUGAACGCACUUCAACUCCUACGAAUACUCAGAUGUCUACGAACAUUCGCAACGAACCUAAAGCAAACCCACGUGCACCUACCCCCCAGGAGCAGAACCAUUCACAAGCGGCCAAAGUGCAAUCGAAUCCACCUGGUCCGGCCCUGCCUUCCAAGCCUGCGGCUUCUCAUUGUCCGAUCGGGCAGGACAGCAGCGGGGUGGUGGUGGAGAACAAAAUGGCAGCCAGCAGCCCUGCCAACCCUAAUGUACUACAGACUGAAGGAUGCGGGCAGAGCUCCACGCCCAACAAUCAAGCUGCCAGCCCCAUAUCCCAAGGCAGCGGGGCCCCUCCUGUAGACACCAAGGCAGAGCCCAAAAGUUCCUCGCAGCAGGUACCAAGCGGGGAUCAAGCGUCACUAGGAGACAAUCCCGACGGACUUUCUCAAGAGCAGCUGGAGCACCGAGAGAGAUCUUUACAAACCCUUAGAGACAUUCAGCGGAUGCUUUUCCCGGACGAGAAAGAGUUUGCCAUAAAAGACAUUACAGGCCAAAGUGGGGGACCUCAACAAAACUCUGGAAUGCUGGACAAUCCUCAGAAAAAACUUGAAGGCCCUAUCCAGGCUAUGAUGGCUCAAUCGCAAAAUUUAGGCAAAGGCCCCGGGCCCCAUCCAGAUGGAGGUAUGCCGUUUGGGCCCCAAGGACAUAGGGACAUGCCUUUUUCACCAGAGGAUAUGGUCCCCCCACCUAUGAAUCCUCAGCCUGGCCAAGACCACCUUGACCAUAUGACCCCGGAGCAGGUGGCUUGGCUAAAAUUGCAGCAGGAAUUCUACGAGGAAAAGAGACGUAAGCAGGAGCAGGCUGUAGUGCAGCAAAGGUCUUUACAGGAUAUGAUGGUACACCAGCACGGACCCAGGAGCAUGGUCAGAGGUCCUCCACCCCCUUAUGGGGAAAAUUGGGGUCCUGGUGGCCCCGAGCCUUUUCCAGAUGGCAUGGGCAUGCCUCAUCCCAUGCCCCCGAAAGGUAUGCCUCCUCAUCCAAAUGUGCCUGCGAGCCAAAUGCAGCGAUUGCCUGGAUUUGUUGGCAUGAUGAACCCAGACAUGGAAGGACCUAACGUUCCCAAUCCUGCAUCCAGGCCUGGGCUUCCUGGUGUCAAUUGGCCAGAUGAGGUGCCAAAAAUUCAAGACGGACGUAAUUUCCCUCCCGGACAAAACAUAUUUAGCGGCCCGGGGCGAGGCGAAAGGUUUCCCAACCCUCAAGGGUUGCCGGAUGAGAUUUUUCAUCAGCACAUUACGGAAAAGCAGCUGGGCAUGCCUCCUGGUAUCGGCAUGGAGGGCAUCCGGCCGGUAAUGGAAAUGGCCCGAGGCAUGCCACCUCAAAGGAAUAUGGAGCCAGGCAGUGGCUUGUUCCCUCGUAUGCCCGGAGAUGCAGCACUGAGCCCGUCACGGAUGGAGUUCCAUAAGGGAAUGCCUCCGAACAUGGGCCCUAACAGAGAGGUAGAGUUCGCCAUGGGCCCCGGCAAUAUGAACAUGAAGGUUGACAUGAACCUGAACGUCAAUAUGAAUUCUAACCAGCAGUUAAUGCCUCAAAAAAUGAGAGAGGUCAUGGGCCCCGAGGACAUGAUAAAAAUGAGGCCGGGGAGUACGGAGAUGCUUCCUAACCAGCAAAAAAUGCACCCUUCGCCCUUUGAGCACUCGCAGCAGGACUAUGGCAUGGGCUCCAGGCCUUAUCUCAACAUGUCCCAACCUCCGGGUGGAGUACUGAGGAACCCUAGAGACCAGAUGGGCCCCGAUCAAAGGACUAACAGCCGGCUCAGUCACAUGCCACCUCUACCUCUCAAUCCAAACAAUAACCCAGGCAACCUCAAUGUUGCACCCCCUGGUCAGCGCGGCCUGGGCCGUAAGCCUUUGGAUAACGUUUCUGUUUCUGGCAGUCAAGUGAACUCUCCUGGCGUCAACCCUUUAAAAUCCCCCACCAUGCGCCAGGUCCAAUCUCCAAUGCUGGGCUCCCCCUCCGGUAAUCUUAAAUCCCCCCAAACGCCGUCUCAGUUAGCCGGGAUGCUGACAGGACCAACGGCUGCAGCUGCUGCUUCCAUUAAGUCCCCGCCGGUCAUGGGGUCUGCUGCCGCUUCCCCUGUCCACCUGAAGUCUCCGUCCUUACCUGUACCUUCCCCAGGUUGGACGUCUUCUCCUAAGCCUCCAAUGCAAAGUCCAGGAAUCCCCCCUAACCAGCACAAGCCACCACUAGGCAUCACAUCACCAGCCAUGAUGGGAAAUAUGGAGUCAGGAGGGCCCCCUCCGCCUGUCAGCCAGUCUGCUCCGAUAAAUCAUCCUGGAAGUCUUCCCUCCAGCACUAGCUACACAAUGGCACCCGAGCCCACCCUGUCCCAAAACCCGCUCUCCAUUAUGAUGUCUAGGAUGUCAAAGUUCGCCAUGCCCAGCUCUACGCCCCUCUACCACGACGCCAUCAAGACGGUGGCCAGUUCAGACGACGAUUCCCCUCCUGCCCGAUCACCCAACCUGCCGCCUUCAAAUAGCAUACCAGGUAUGGUCAUGAAUCCCCAGAAUCCUUCAAAGAUGUCGGGUCCUCACGGUGUCUCCAUGCCGACUCUAAGCCCAAUGGGUAUGACGCAGCCUCUCUCCCAUGGUGGUCAGAUGCCCUCCCCAAACGCCAUGCCACCCAAUGUACCACCACACGGAGGCCCUAUGGGUGCAGGAAUGAUGCCACACAAUGCCAUGAUGGCUCACGCUUCUCAAGAACCCCCCAUGGUGCCUCAGGGACGCAUGGCUUUUGCCCAAGGAUUUCCACCAGUCCAGUCACCUCCUCAAGUCCCUUUUCCUCACAACGGCCCGAACGGGGGGCAGGGAAACUUUCAGCCUGGCAUGGGCUUUCCGGGAGAGGGACCUUUAAGUCGGCCAGGCAACCUGCCCCCAAACGCAGACCCAGCACUUUGUAAGGGGGGUUGCCCAUCGGGGCCGGAUUCCUUUGGUGUUAUGGGAAAUAAUAUGCCUUCAGUUUUCACUGACCCGGACCUACAGGAAGUCAUAAGACCAGGGGCAUCGGGAAUCCCUGAGUUUGACCUGUCAAGGAUUAUUCCAUCCGAGAAACCCAGUCAAACACUGCAGUAUUUCCCUCGUGGGGAAGUUCCAGGCAGAAAGCCUCAGCAAGGACCUGGUUUUUCACAUUUGCCUAUGAUGGGGGAACCAAACCCACGAAUGGGCCUUCCUAUGGGUGGCAUGGGAGGACCUGGCCCAGUGGAUAUGCCUGGCCACAAUUCUAUGAGGCCUCCAGGUUUUAUGCAGCAAGGCAUGAUGGGACCUCAUCAUCGCAUGAUGUCACCAGCACAAUCCGGAAUGCCUGGCCAACUAACUAUGAUGGGAAAUCCGGGAGGGGUGGGGAUGAUGCCGGGGAAGGAACGAAUGCCCGGAGUUCUCUACAGUCACCCAGGUCCCGUGGGCUCUCCUAAUAUGUUGAUGUCCAUGCAAGGGAUGAUGGGACCUCAACAAAACCUCAUGAUUCCCCCACAGAUGCGACCCCGAGGGAUGCCUACUGACGUCGGGAUGGGUGGUUUCAGCCAAGGACCUGGGAACGCGGGGAACAUGAUGUUUUAAGCUGCUACAAAAAAAACAAAAACACGAACCUAUUACAAAUUGUAGAUGUGAGAUGAUCUCUUGAGGAAUCUUAACACACAAGGAGUCACGUUUGGCCAUGCAAUAGGUGAAAAAAAAAAAAAAAGACCCAAAUUUGUCAAUUUGGAGGAAACUCAAGAAUGUAUGAAACUGUCUGAGCAUUGCUUUCAUUUAUCCAAGGUGUUUCUUUUUUUUUUUUUUUUUUUUUUUAUUCUUUUUUUUUUUUUUUUUAAGAUUUAUUUUUAAAAAAGUAUUUUUGUGGACUUGGGUAUCCCAUGAUGGCACCUGCUUUUGGGGGAUUUAAAAAAGAUUAAAAAAAAAAAAAUGUUAAAAAUACAAAAAAAAAUCUGUAGCUGUUUUUGAGAAUUUGCCAUUUGUCAUGAGUUGCACCAUCCUGUAUGUUUACGUCGUUCGGAUUGGCUUCUUACAGACACCUGGUUUAUCUUUAUUUUUUUUUUGUGUACUGUACAAUAUUGUAAAAGGGAUUUUUAGCAGAGGCGCUAGUCUUCGGCACGUGAGGAGAGAUUGAAUCGAUGCUGUUUACCUUUUUUUGGCGGAUAAUCCUUCGUCAAAAUUCUUGCUACUUUUUUUUUUUUUUUUUUUUUUUUUUUUUUUUUUUUUACUUUCCUCUUUUUAACUCCAGUGUAUAGUAUAAAACCAAACUAAGACCUCAAUACAGAAAAAAAAGAGUAUUAUUAAAGAAAAAAAAUAAAUAAAGCACAAAGUGACUAUUCACAGUCCGGUUAGGCGAUCUCCUUUCUUUAUAAAAAUCUUAGGAAUAAAAAAGAAAAAAAAAAUUUAAGAAAAUUUUUAUGGAGAGCCAAUACAACAUUCAUUUUCCUUUUUUUUUUUCCCCUUUUUUUGUCUGUAUUUUUUUUUUUCAGCUCCCUCCGGUUCUCAUUCUAUGUUGCUUAAUGUCUACUGUUUGUUUGUUUUUUGUUGUUUUUUUUUUUUUUAAUUAAUAUCCUUUUUGCACAAUGUGUAAAGUUUUUGACUUUUUGGGGAGGGAGGCUAAAAACUCUGAGACUGCCUUUUAUUUUAUUUUUUCUUUAAAUUUUUUAUUUUUUUUUUCUUUCUCAAGAAGCCAGACUUUAUGCUGUUACAUACAUGGACAGUGAGACCAUAUGCAGUUAUCUCCAGUCAUCCUGUCUCUGAGCGAUCCCGAGUAAUUCAUGAUGUGGGAGUGGAAACCAGUUGUGGGAUUUAUAUAUAUAUAUAUUAUAUAUUAUAUAUUUUUUUCUCUCUCCAUUUUGUGACGGUUAUUUUUUCACUCUUCCUCUUGUCCCUCUUACCCCCCAGCGUUAAACAUUCUGUGUAAUCUCCAUUAAAUUUGGUACAAAACCACUUGCCAGGGCUGUGGUGUCGGA